AUGGCCGACCACAAUCAUCACGAUCAAGCCAUGUCGGCUCUUCAAGACCGACUUCGUUCUGUCACAGUCUCGCCCGCUGUUCAGCCAAAUCCGAAUCCGGCCCCGAUCAUGACCCCCUCAGCCCCGGACUCGAGCGCCGUCAUCGAAGCCAGCGCAGAAAGCUACUUUGCCCCACGUCCGCGCUCCGAACGUAUUCGCUCCGUGCCCGCUGACCUGAAGACAUUUGGCAACACUCAUAAUAAUACUCAUGAUUAUUUGGCUGGUCUUGCGUACUCAAGAGGCUUUGGCUUCCAAGGAGUUGUUAGAUUUGGCGAAGAAGCUGUCAAUAUGCCCUUUUCCUUCACGGGCACCACAGCAACGGGUGAGGGUGGCGCGGCCACGAGCUCCGGAUAUCAUAGCUACACCGAGAGGGAAUUCAAUCCGCAGGAACUGUCUAACCCUUUUUUUCCCCUCAGGGACCCGUGGAAAGAUGAAUUGCGCGCUCGUGACGCUGUUCUCUUUAGAUCCAAGAGACAGAAGAAGCUCACCGAGACCACGUCCCGUACCUUGCACGUAGGAUCUGGAAGCAAAGUCAGGGGUCAUAAAUUUUUGCACCACGUAUCAAGCUCAGAGGAUAAUGGCUGGCAAAGUCUGAACAGGGGAAAGGCCGGCAAGGGAACAUUUACUUUAACAUUGCCAAAGCGCAGGAUCUUUACGGGCAAGCUGCGUCCCCUAGCCUCGAUCGGGAAAGGGCAAGAGAAGCUUGGAAGAGGGGCUGAGAAAGAAUCCCUACGGGCUCGCAGAGUAGCAAUGUUGGUUGCUGAGGCCAUGCCCACGAGUGCCGUGAGUGAGCUUCCCCUGAAGACGACAACCCGGGCCAUGGAACUGGAUGGCCAGGGCUCAACCUCGCAGCAGGAGGUCAAUCUGGGGCAAACGAGCUCGCUUGGCGGAAAUGACGGACACGUCAGUAACGUUGAUGACAUGGAGGUUGAAGAGGAGGACUUGGAGUCAAACUGCGCGGUUCAGGCAGACUGUGGCUCCCAGUCCAAUGAUGUGCUGCUGGAUGAGGGCCUGUACAGGGCAUUUCAGCAACACUCGCUCGGGGUUGGGCAGAACGACAUCGAGAUGAUUCACGGUCUGCCGUGCCCCGCCCCCAGCCCCAGCAGCGGUGAAGCCACUCACGAAAUGGAGGAGUAA